UUUACAGGUGGGUAGUUACCCUCUGGUAUCCCCGUUUAACGAGAGUUUCCCUGACCACUUCCACGUGGGAAGAACACAUGAACACCAGCUGACUGUAACCAGUGGGAAUGAGUCUGUUCUUCACAUGGUGUACCAACCCCAGCCAGGAGAGUGGUACUUGGCUGCCUUUACCUCACAAACUCACGACAAGAUAGUACAAAAGGGACUUGGUCCUAAAUGUCGAUAUUUCCUGGAGCCGGCUAUCUCUAUAGAUAUUCACAAACGGGUAGAAACACUGGACAAGAGGCAUGGUUCAGUACACAUCAAGCCUAAUGAUAACAAACUUAUCAGGUUCUUCUUGGAUGAGCCUGCAUGGGAGUUUAAGAUUCACAUCAUAGGCUGUGGUAUUAAGACUGCGGCUUCAAUCUCUAACUACCUCUGUGACAUAACUGUAAUGUCCAGGAGCUCUGCUCUGCCAAGUGCUGAGCGCAGACAAGGGGAGAUAACCUGUACUCCUGCCGCAAAUGAUGAAUGUAUUCUAAGAGUAGCCUCCCCUGAUGUAGAUGCUUGGCAGUAUCUGUCUUUUACUAACCAUGGGAAUGAGGAUAUUAGUGUACAGUUUACCUUGGAAAGCACAGUGUGCUCUGGUGAGAUAUACCUGGUGACCUCUGAGUGGGACAAUAGUACAAAGGACUGUAGUGUGUUACCUGAGCUAGACAGGUAUCGGGGGUAUGGGGACUUCAGGUCUGUCCUGGGGGUGCUGGCCUUCUCCACGGUCAUCACGCCCCAGGUGAUCCUGUAUGAUGGACUGACCACCGUCAUCCCAUUCACGCUGGAGCCCAGGUUAGACAUAGGUGGAACUCUCAAGACCAGGCUGACCGUAAUCGUGCUGGACGGAGUGCCAGGUAAGUACCUAGUAGUGACGGGCUGCUUACAGAAGGGCAGCAUUGGAUUUAACGGGGGUGGCAGCCCACCCUGUGAGGCCUACCCCUCCAGACAGAUUUACCUCAAUGCCAGCGAGCCUCAGGAACAGACAGGGGUGCUGUACGUGCCUUACCCCGAACCAGCAAAGUGGUUCUUGUCUCUGACCAUGCAUUGUUAUACGGAAGGUCAAUACAACCAAAGAGAAGCAUGUCAUAACAUGACUGCCCUGGUGGAGAUGGACAUCAGCACUUCUGCAUGUGUGGACGGAGGCUGUGACAACAGUGGCCAGUGCCUGACCUAUGUGAGAGGUGCCAGCCGCUUCUCUGCCUGUAACUGUCUCUCAGGUUGGCGUGGUUAUGGUUGCAGUGACGGUACAGAGGCUGCGUCUACCGAGGCUCAGCUAGAGGAGGCCCUCCUCUUGACCCUCAGUAACCUGUUCUUCUUUCCUGCCAUUAUCCUUGCCCUUUAUCGCAGAUUCUACGCUGAAGCCCUCGUCUACUUUUGUACAAUGUUUUUCUCAUCAUUUUACCAUGCUUGUGAUGGAAACAGGGUACUGUCCUAUUGCAUCACCAGUUUCGACACGUUAAGUGCCUGUGAUUUCUUUGGUUCAGUCCUGUCUUUCUGGGUGACAUUGACAGCCAUGCUGCAACUGAAGGAGCCUUACCUGCCCACGCUAAUGAUGGCUGGAGCCAUUGGUCUGAUAUACGGGGUGAUGGAGGACAAGCACAGUCUCUGGCUGUUUGUGGCCCCGGCCAUAUCAGGGGUGACCCUGCUCAUCAUAUUCUGGGGUCUACGGUGCUUUAAGAGGCGAGGCUGGUACCCAUCCUGGAGAAGGUAUGUGUUUUUCCUGCUGCCAGGUGUUGUCUGUGCCGGGAUUGGUAUCAGUCUCUUCGCUUUUGUAGAAACAGAGAAGAAUUACAAGUAUGUACAUAGUGUGUGGCAUGUUACCAUGGCGAUGUCCAUUGUAUUUGUGCUUCCUCCAAGGCCUGCCUGGAGGAUGAAGACAGGAAAAACAUCGAAGAAAUGGCCUACAUGUACAUCAACCGCAUCUGAUGAUGCCAUCCAGGUGAUCAGCUGUCCCGAUGACCAGCAGGAGUGGAGAGGCGGCAUUGUAAAUGUCUCAAUGACUGAAGUAUCGGAAUAGCCCUGACCAACCUGUUGGUCGUGGGUUCAAAUCAAGCACCUGCCUGUUCAGGUCUCAUCAUCAUUCAAGGGAUUUGUCCAGAUUUCUACCCACCAGUAAUAAUGACGGCUGUCAUAAAGCUGAAAUUUCUUUUCAGCACCGUGUCAAACACAGGUGACAAAAAUAAAACUUGUUGUACGUGUACUAACUUCGGAAUCCUACAUAUCAGUUGAGUACAAUGUGAAACACCAAUGACCAAAGUAAAAUAUUUUUUACCGUGUUGUAAAUGUACUAACUUCAGAAUCCUACAUAUCUAUGGGAUAAUAAUUGUCAUUCCAAGUGUUUUAAGCACAUACAUACAUGUCACCCGUCAUGAUUAAAAAGAAAAAAACUCUCAGGGCACUGUCCGGUACCUGGCGAGGAGCGGUGGUUUACUCUGAGUGCUCCAGUUUCCUUUGCCCAUUGUCUUCACCAUUAUCAUGUAGAGAAAAAAUUGUUGAGUGUGGCAGUUAAGAGAGUGAAAUAAGUAAGUACCGGUAUAAUUAAAUACAAGCAAUUAUGGCUCAAUCAGUUUACAUACUGCUUACAGGACUACAAUUGGACUGUUUUCAUAAUACAUGGGUUACUUCCUUUUUCAAGGAUUUACCUCCCUUGAUUGUAGGUAUCCGUUCAAUUAUCCAAUGCUGGUAGCAUUUAGAAGUACCAGUGUGAUGAAAGUUAAGCAACCACAGUGGUUAUGUGACUAAUCUACCUGUGAAAUUUCUUGUAAGGCUAGCUACUUUUAUGUCAUUGCAAUAUACUUCUAUGCAUUGGGAAACUGAUAGAGUAAACAACAAUAUUUAGUCAUAUAUGCUUUUAGUACUGAAAUAAAAGACUGAUACUUACUGUCAAGGGAUGUAAUUCCUUGAAAUGGGAAGUAACGUAUGUGUUACAAAAAGACUGAAUAUGUAGAGAAGAGUGUGUACAAGUAAUACUGGCUAACACCACUUCAGACUGUCUCAAACCAAAGGCAAUUUUAUAAUCAAAUACAACAAUUGUGAUUAGCAUAAUGUAUUUUCUAUUUGAUAAGAAGUAUUUUUAUUUAAUUUAAAAUGCAACAGGCUUGUAAUUUACCUAAUAUUUUUCUAUUUAUAUGAACCAAAAUGACCCUGGGACAUCUGUAUCAUCAUUUAUGUGAAAUAAGAAUUGCUCAUCAAUUACAGCAGGUUUGUACUUUGGGUAAUAUUUGUCCCUGUAUGUGAUAAAAACCAUGGUCAACCAAAUUAAUCCACAUCAUCAUUAUUUAAUUUUUAAAAGUAUUCUUAUCAUAUGCUCAAUUAAAUCCCGGUUCACCCAGGCUUUUUACGUUUUAGGAAAAUGUGCUGAAAUUUUUCUGGCACAGUUUGUCUAAUAGUGCUUGUCUUUAGCUCUUUUAUAUGUUAACAUUUGUUAUUAGGCUGGCAUAUCCUAAUGUAUUUUAUAUUAAUUGUUAUUUUAAAAAGUGGAUUUGAAGACUUGUAUUCAUAAAUAAACAUGCAGUGUAUGGUUAUUUCAUGAAAAAGGGGAUAUAUAUAUAUACAUACAUUGUUAAAAAAAAUUCACACAAAGUAACAGUGCGAUUUGGAAAUGUGAAUGAUUUAAAAUGUCCUCUGGUUUUUGUUGUAUGUUAAAUUUUGUUUUAUUUAUAGUUUUGUGAAUCAUUCAAUCUUUUUUUAAAAUCUUUUCAUUUUACACCUGAUUUUGGCACUAGAUGAACUGCUUAUGUACACAUUGUUAGCAACGGAUGACUGGCAUUAGAGUGAUUUAAUGUUACCUGUGUGUAAAUGUACCAGUUUGACACAUGUCCAUACAUGUCAUAUAAUGAACAGAACUUUUAGUUAAAUUUUAGCCCUGUAGCCAUUUCUGCCAGUCAUUCAUAAUGGCUGUUACAUGGAUGUAUAUCUCUUAUGGUGAAUAGGAAUGCAGUAAUAACAGCUGCCUGCAUCAGAUAAGUGUGAUCAGAACAGGAGAGUUUCAAGUUUGAACUCUUGUCGCUAAAGUUAAUGAAUAUAAUACUGUAUCAUUCGACAUGUCAAAAAUCUUAGGCAACUUUGUUGACAUCAAUUUACCAAUCACAUGUCUCACCAUGUACCAGUUUUCUCCAUCGUUUGUAUACUGUAAAUGACUUUUUGUAAAACUUGGCAGACACCCC